AUGGGAUCUCGUGACGAUAAACAGCCCGCUAAGUUCUCUGACCUUCUAACGGUUUUUAAUUUGUUGUAUCAAGAAUUUUGUAAGCAAGAAGCCUCUGGAUCUGUUGAUCCUCAGGCUGUACGGACUACUAUUUAUCAAUAUGGGUCCUCCAUAUCACCACAGGGUGAUGAUACUCUUCACAGUGUUAGUGAAGAUGAACAAGUUGCAUUCUGUGGAUGGCUAGAAAGAAAUCUAUACGAAGAUAAAAUGUGCCAAGAGUACUUCCCUUUUAAGGAAAAUGGAGACGAUCUCUAUGAAAAGUGCAGCGAUGGAUUUCUUUUGUGCAAAAUUAUCAACUGUUCUGCACCUCAGACGAUUGAUUUGCGGGCACUUCAUCGUGGAAAACGACUGACAACUUACCAGGUGAUGGAAAAUAUAACGCUGGCAUUAAACAGUGCUCGUGCGAUUGGGUGCAAUGUUGUCAACAUUGGAGCAGCAGACAUAGUCGAUGGGACUCGCCAUUUAUUACUAGGCCUAUUAUGGCAAAUAAUUAAGGCAAGUCGAUUUAACCUAAAGAGUUUCGAAUUAGUUGCUCUUUUGGAUGAAGAUGAGACAAUAACGGAAUUCGCAAAGCUUGCUCCCGAACAAAUUUUGAUGCGGUGGGUCAACUACCACCUCAAACGUGCUGAUUGCGAUGCAAGAAUGGAAAACUUUACCAUUGAUGUAAAAGACUGCGAGGUCUACGCCUACUUGCUAGAGCAAAUUAGUCCACCGGAGAAAAAACCGUUCCUUCACUCCUCAAAGGUAAUUAAUCUCCUUUCUCCAACGCAGGCCAUUCUAGAUGCAGUGGAUUUAGUGCAACGCGCGGAGAUGGUAUUGCAAAAUGCGGAAAAGCUCAACUGUCGGGUGUUCGUACAACCUAAGGACAUUAUUAAUGGGUCUAUGAAGCUGAACCUCGCCUUUCUAGCGAACCUCUUCAACACCAACCCCGCUCUCGAGCCUCCAACUCCACAACAGCCCGCACCUGUCAUCGAGGAGACUCGGGAGGAAAAGAGCGAAGAAGAGCCUCAACCUCCCCCAAGUCGAUGGGAGUGCCUGUUGGCGUGGCUUAAGGUCCUUCUGCCUCAGGCCCCCCAGGCGACUCGUGUGCCCCGCGCCUGGUUUCGCGCUAACUAUGAUCUCUUAGGGGGGAAGGACACCAAACUCACUGGCAAGUACCUUGCCGAGUGA